CGUUCCGAUAUUUCGCAAUGCGAGCUUUGGCAAGUUUAUGGUGGCUGCUAGCCCUGGCGAGGAUUUUACCACGGAUUGAGGCCUGUAAUCGGGUUCCACUCGGAGCCACAGCUGCCAAGUCACCGGUGGAUGACAACUAUGUGCUGUCCGUGGCUGGAAAUGCCCAGACUUAUAUUCCCGGUCAAAAAUACAAUGUAAGCCUCAGCGCCUUUUCGGGUCAAACCUUUGUGAGUUUUAUGCUGGCCCUCGAUUUGGAGACAGGCGACAAUGAAGGUAAUCCCAAUGCCUUGGGAACCUGGGAGAUUAGUGAUCUGGCCGAGACCCGCUACAGUCCCCGUUGCGCCAAUUUGGUGGAGAACACAAACACGAAUGUCAAGACCCGCGUGGAUGUUGUCUGGGUUGCACCGUCCAGUCCAGGACAAGGUUGUAUUCUGCUGCGCGCAACGGUGAUGCAGCAUCGAGAUGUAUGGUUCAUGGACGAUGGCUUCCUUACCAAGCGUAUGUGCGAAGAGGAGGCGGAUGAUAUCGACACACAGCCCAGCAUUGUGGAUCCCUGUUGUGCCUGCGAUGAGGCCAAAUAUGAGCUUACCUUCGAGGGCAAAUGGUCACGGCACACACAUCCUAAGGACUUCCCUGCGAAUAGCUGGCGCACCAGGUUCAGUGACAUCAUUGGCGCCUCCCAUACCAUCGAUUACAGAUUCUGGCAGUACGGAGAGCUGGCCAGCGAGGGUCUGAGAGAGGUGGCGGAGCACGGUUCCACACGUACGCUAGAGAGCGAGCUUAAAGAUCAGAGCGAGCACAUUCGAACAAUCAUCAAGGCCAGGGGCAUUGCCUAUCCGAAUGUCACGGGCAAAACGUUUGCCGUCUUCCGUGUGGACUCCAAUCAUCACUUGAUAUCCCUGGUCUCCAUGGUGGAUCCCUCGCCAGAUUGGAUAGUGGGUGUAUCAGGACUGGAGUUGUGCCUGCCCAAUUGCUCGUGGGUGGAGAACAAGGUGCACAAUCUGUAUCCCUGGGAUGCGGGCACGGACAGUGGUCCUUCUUAUAUGUCAGCGGAUCAGCCGCAAGUGCCGCCAGAUGUGGUGCGUCGCAUCAAGUCCAAUUUCCCGAAUGAUCCUCGCUCUCCUUUCUAUGAUCCCACUGGAGCCGACAUGAAGCCACUGGCUACCUUGCAUAUCAAUCGGCGAAGACUUUACGAGAAGAACUGCGAGUCCACUGACUCGGAGCAAUUGCCGGCGGAGUGUGCCACUCACUCCUGGUCCAGAUGGGAUGAGUGUACCACCAAGUGCGGGCCCGGCAAGCAGUACAGAAUCCGCGAGUUCAAGAAUCCCGCGCUGGCAUCGCGUCAUCGGUGCAACAAUGCACUCCGCGAGGAGAAGAACUGUGUGGGACGCCAGUGCGCCAGCUUCAACGAGGAGGCAGCCGAGGCAGCUGAGCAGGAGGCAGGAGGUGCUCCACCAGCCGGCCACGAUGAUCCCCAGUGCGGACUAUCCGAGUGGACAGAGUGGUCCUCCUGCACUGUGACCUGCGGCACCGGCGAAAUGACUCGAUCACGUCAUUAUCUCAACAAGAAGGCCAAGAAGAAGUGCCAGAAGGCGAGCAGGGCGCGCCUGCACGAAACCAAGAUCUGCGAGUCCAUGAAUUGUGGCGGCGACAUCGAGAACGGAGGCAGUGAUGGAGGAGAGCCAGGGGAGGAACAGUAUGGCAACGGUGAUGGGGGAUCCGCCGAGAAGCGAUCGAUCUUUCGGAACUUUGAGAGCUACAGCCAGCAUCGAGAGGACUUCAUACCUCCCGUAUGCGGAGUCACGCCCUGGUCGGACUUCUCACCGUGCCUGGGACCCUGUGGUGGCCCUGGCCGGCGCCAGCGCAUCCGUAAGGUGUGGAAUAACAAUCAGGUGUACGGUGUGAGUGACCCGAACGACGACGGACAGGAUCCUUGCCGGCACAUCAAGCUGCACGAGGAGGUGAAUUGCACGAAUCCCAGCUGUGAUACCAUAGUGCCCAGCUUCUGCUACGAUGAGUUGGUGGACAGUCCCUGCCGGGACAGCGAUGUGACCAACUACUGGUACUACGACCACGUAAGUGACCAGUGUGCCAUCUACUGGUCGGAUCGCUGCGAUGUCAACCGGAACAAGUUUAAGUCGAAGGAGGAGUGCGAGGACACGUGCCGGCUACCGCGUCACAAGCAGGAACUCCAACACGAUGGACUGCCACCCGUGGAUUGCAUGGUGUCCGAGUGGGUGGCCUACAGUUGCAAUGCCACCUGCGGCGAUGGCUACCAGUUGCGCACGCGUCGAGUGCUCCGAACGCCCAAGUACGGCGGCAAGCCCUGUCCAAAGCAUCUGGUCCGUCUAGAUCGCUGUUACCAGCGUUGCGAGGACAUGUACUCCAUCAGUAGCCGUGGCUUCGGCGAGCGCAGGCAUGUAGUGAAGGCGCCUCCGCAGCCAGAACCCCGAGAUGAGUGUCGCUACUCGGAGUGGUCCGCCUGGACGCCUUGCACUGCUAGCUGCGGCGACAAUGCGGUUCGCCAGCGCACUCGCACCCUGCUUAACACUGAUCUGAGCUACAAAUGCAAGGACCGCGUCCGCAUGGAGAAGUGCGUAAUGAUGCCCUGCCUGCUCAGCAGCAACGACGAGCCGGAGAGGUGGUAGUUCGAAGGAAUCUUCAGCUGUAACAAGUAUUAAUUGUACAUCACAUAUGUAAUCACAAUCGUACGAAUAAUCAAAUAUAUGAAAGUCUACGGA